CACGCCACCACGCCACCACGCCACCACGCCACCACGCCACCACGCCACCACGCCACCACGCCACCACGCCACCACGCCACCACGCCACCACGCCACCGCGCCACCACGCCAUCAUGCGGCGAGCGUCUGUACUGAGCGCGCUGUUGUUCUUCCUGGCGGCAGCGCCGCAGCUGCUGCUAGCGGAGACGGUGACGGCGAGCGAUACCCGGGAGUUCCGCAUCGACUACGAGAACGACCAGUUCCUGCUGGACGGCGAGCCCUUCCGCUACGUGUCCGGCUCGCUGCACUACUUCCGGGUGCCGCGCGCCUACUGGCGGGACCGCCUGCGCAAGUACCGCGCUGCCGGCCUCAACGCCGUGUCCACGUACGUGGAGUGGAGCCAGCACGAGCCCUUCUCCGGGGACUACGUUUUCUCCGGAGAGCUGGACGUAACCGCCUUCAUCGAGCAGGCGCAGCAGGAAGGGCUGCUGGUGAUCCUGAGGCCGGGACCCUACAUCUGCGCCGAGCGCGACAUGGGUGGACUACCGCCGUGGAUGAUAACACAUCACCCUAACAUUAAACUGAGAACAAGUGACCAAAACUACCAGUCCUACGUCAGCCGGUGGUUCAACAAGCUGAUGCCGUUAAUACAGCCGUACCUUUACGGUAACGGGGGUCCCGUAAUCAUGGUCCAGGUGGAGAACGAGUACGGCAGCUUCGGGGCCUGCGACAGGAACCACACGGCGUGGCUGAGGGACCUGCUGCUGUCGUACGUGGGCGACGACGCUGUGCUCUUCACCACCGACGGCGCCGGAGUGGGCUACCUCAAGUGCGGCGCCAUCGACGGCGUCUACUCCACCGUCGACUUCGGCACAGGGGCGAACGUGUCAAAGGCCUUCGCGGCGAUGCGCACCUACUCGCCCCGGGGACCGCUCGUCAACUCGGAGUUCUACCCGGGCUGGCUGACGCACUGGGGCGAGCCACUCCAGACCGUGUCCACGAGAUCCGCCGCGCGAGAUCUGGACCACGUCCUCGCCAUGAACGCCUCCGUCAACAUCUACCUCCUGCACGGCGGGACCAACUUCGGCUUCCUCUCCGGGGCUAAUUACGCCACCAAGUACCAACCUCAGCUGACGUCAUACGACUACGACGCGCCUCUUAACGAGGCUGGGGACCCAACUGAAAAGUACUUCGCUCUGCGGGAGGUUAUAGGACAGUACCUGCCUCUGCCCAACAUGACCCUGCCCGAGCCCGCGGAGAAGGGCGACUACGGGCAGGUCCAGCUGAGCCCGGUCGCUUCGCUGCUCGAUCCCGUCAUCCUGGCUGCCUUCAGCUCGGAGAACGUGACGAGGCAGCACCCGCUCACCUUCGAGCAGUUGGGCCACCGGUACGGCUUCGUGCUGUACCAGACCCGCGUGCCGGCCCGCGCGCCAGACCCUGCGGUCCUGGAUCUCGCCGAGUUCAGCGACCGGGCGUAUGUGUUCGUCAACAAGGAGUUGCGAGGCGUUCUGAGUCGCGUGGAUCAGAUCACUGUCCUCCCUCUGUUGGUGCAGGAAGGCGACAUCCUGCAGAUUCUGGUGGAGAACCAGGGCAGGAUAAACUACGGCUCGAGACUCAAGGACAUUAAGGGCCUGCUGUCGCCCAACGUGACUCUGGGCGGACACGUGCUGACCGACUGGAUGAUGACGACCCUGCCGUUCCACACGGUGGCGCCGGUGUCCGAGCUGGCAGGUUACGAAGGCCACGUGACACCCCCGGCGUUCUACGUGGGCCACUUCGUCCUGCCCGAGGGCAACUCCACUCUGGACACCUUCCUCGACACCAGCGGCUGGACCAAGGGCGUGGCCUUCGUGAACGACCACAACCUGGGCCGCUACUGGCCGCGCCUCGGGCCGCAGGUGACCCUGUACGUGCCGGCCACCUUCCUGCGGCCCUACCCGCGCUCCAACACGCUGGUGCUGCUGGAGCUGGAGGCCCCGGCUACGAACAGCAGCGUGGCGCUCGUGGCGCAGCCCGUGCUGAACGGCACCGUGGCCUGACCGCGGGCACGUGACUCGGCACACGUGGUUCCAGUGGCACUUCCUUGGCAGUUCAAACCUCGACUCGUGAGUACGUCCAGGGGCGCAACAACAGGGGGGGGGGGGCAAGGGAAUUUUCCCCUUACCCCCUCUGAAACCUUUAAGUGGGGGUAAACGGGGGCAAAGAAAGUGCUGUGUAAUCAAUUUUUAGAUAAACUGCUUAAAUAGCACCAUUUUCCACCUUGAAAUACAAAUUUUCCCGGGGGAGGACCCCCGGACCCCCCACUUCAAUAGGGGGGAUCGAUGAUUCUUUAUAAAAAGGAAUAUUUCCCCCCCCCCUUUUGGAAAUUUAGUUGUUGCGCCCCUGAGUACGUCGUAAAGGACGCGACAGAGAGAAAUAAACAACACAAUUAUCUAAAUAAACAAAAAUUAAUACUCAUUUCAAAAUAACUGUUCAGGAUUUCAGUGAAUAAUGAUGAGUUAGUAAAUAUUACUCACUGUUUAAACAACUCGUCCUAAACAUCGUGCAUGUUACUGUUUCUUCAAACUAUUCUGCCAGUUGGAACAUGCCAAAUCUCUGAAUGAAAUAUGAAAUUCAUAAUUGGUAGCGCUAUCUAUGCGGGAAAUGAAGGGACUGUGUCUACAGAGCUCUCUACACUGCUGGUUGAACAAGGAGGAACGCAAUCGUGCUGGUAGGAAAAAUAAAAUUCAAUGCACUCACAGCUUACAGUAUAAGAAAGCUAUAUCUAUUUUCUGAAACAAGCCCAUGAGCACACACUCUAUUAAAAUUUGGCCUUGAAAUUUUACUCUCAUCGCGCCCAAAGAAGUUUCACUCUAAAAAUUGUGGUCCCAACUUUGAACCGUGUGCAUGGGUGUGCCUAGAGAUGCCUACCACUUCGUAAAACAAUAUCCAUUUCCUGCUGUUUCCUUUUCUGGCAAGAAUCCUUGGCACUGGUUGUUAAAUGGUUGUGUCAUGUGUAUGUAGGCACUGUAGAUGUUGGUGUGCACUCUUCUUCUGUAUUCACUCUGUGGUACUUGUAACCAGCAGGUGAGGACAAGUAUGUCAAUCUGUCAGAACUGAUGAGUGGUGCUGUACUUUCUCGAGAUCGUGCCAACUACAUUUGGCCAGAGUUUUAAUAUUUGUCGGUGUUUGACAAUUCAUUACUAUUGUCAUAGUGCAUUUAAAUAUUUUGUUUGUCAAAUUAGUUAUAUUUAAACAAAAGUUCAUGUCUGAGUAUCGUUGAAAGCCAAUGAUGACACUAUGCAGGAAUUCGUCUCAUCAUAUAAUUAGUCUAUUGGUGUGGCGGGCAAACACAGGGUUAAGGAAAGGAUACAGAUGGAACAUUAGCCGUCAUACGUGAAGCCAUUUCCCCCCAAUUUUUUAAUGAUUUUCACAAACAAAUAUGGCGGACGUUUUUAUAUUUGUAUCGGCUGUUCUAGCCUGCUUUUAUUAACGACCUUAGUUAAACUGUUUGGAAGAAAAUUAGAGCAAAAUAGAACUGUUUAAUAUGUUUAUAUUAUAUUAUAUAUAUAAAGUCUAAAAGGAAUCUUCAUAACACAAAUGUAAUGAUACUAGUUCACAUUUUUCUACAAUUUAACCUCUGACGCAAGUACAGCAGAUACAUUUGUAAACAAACGGUCGCCAUAUUUGGUACGUGUAGUACACUGAGAUCCCACUACCCUUUGAUCUUCACUCCUUUUUUUUUUUUGUAGAAUCGGACCUUAUGCUACAUCUGUAUGUUUCCCUAAUCUCUUGUCGAACAACUUUCUGACUUAUGUGACAAACUAGGAAACUGCCUACCAUUUUGAAGUUGCGCUCAGGUAGCAGAAAUCAUAUAAGCUAAUUCUUAAAAUUAUACAGGAAAGUUACACAAAGGGGCAGAAUAAUCUUACAAUGCCUGGUUUUAUUUUUUAUUUAUUUCAAAGACACAGGUUCAUAAAAAUCAAUACUUUAUUACAAAGGAGUUUCAGAAAACAAAGUAUUUAAAUCAUAGUACCUACCUACUUUUGGGUUAUGCAAUUCUUAAUUUUGAUUUAGAUCUUUCCUUUCAUUCAAUUUUGUGGUUUAGAAAAGUCCAGGUGACUAAACCCAAUUUUUUUUUUUUAAUGAAUAUAUUUGUUAAAAUUUAUACUAAAUAAGUAUUAAUAAAAUGCUUAUAUUUUGCUGAAAAAAUGACCAUGUAAUCACUGUAGGUACCUGACUUAAAAUUAAACAAAUUCUGUAGUCUACUUUUCACAGAAAAAUUAAAAAAUAUAUAUAUAUUUAAUUUAUGGAGUAUUGUGUGUACGAACCACAAAAAGUGUAAACUCAGUUUGUGUGUAAGAAAUGCAGUGAAAAGAGAUUAAACGAUGUUAAUCUUUUAUAUACAUUAUCAAUAGUUAAAGAGUGAUUUAUAUUUUUAUGUAGUAAAGUGAAGGGCUUUAAUGUUUGUGUGUUUGUUACAGAGAAUAGUUUAUAAAAUUGUUGAGAAUAUCAAC